AUGGCAAGCCAAGCCUUCGUUCCCACGGACCCUGAAGUCCCUGUCCCUCCCCCUCUCUCCACCAUCGAGGCCUCUUCGGUCGACCUUCAUGCCAGCGACUCGGCCACUCUCAACAGGGACAGUUGCUGCUCGUCCAGGUCCAGUCGUUCUGCCAAGUUCAAGUUUGAUGGCAUCUACUCCUCAGCCACUCGCCUCCCUGACUCACUCGUCUCUCGCGCCAAGCAAGGUGAUCCCUCUGCUUGUUUCGAUGCUGCCAAGUUGGUCUCAGAGGGUCUCCCGAUCGACCAUAAUGAGUGGAAGCUCGCCGCUCAGUUGUUCAAGGCCGCCGCCGAACGGGGCAACCUCGAAGCGUCCUUCCAGAUGGCCUGGGUCGCAUUCCUGGGCGAAGGAAUGGUCAAGAACGACCGCCGCGCCCUUUGGUUCUGGCAGGAAGUCAGCAGCAAGUCCACCGACCCGGUUCUCAAGCCCAUCGCCACCCACAUGGUCGGGUGGAUGCACUAUCUUGGCCGGGGCACACCCCUCGACAAACAGAAUGGAAUCAAGACCAUCCGCGACAACCAGUCGGAUGACUUCAAGCUCGGGGAGGACGAGUGCCUUGUCAAGUGGUGGAACAAUGUCAAGUCGGAAUCACCCACAGCCCACAAGUUCUUCGAACUGUGCCAGUCGGGAUCUGAUCGAGACUGGCUCUGCAGCCACUUGAUGGCUGUGUGUCUGUUUCAUGGAUUCGGAACCACCCAGGACCAGACGAGAGCAGCGAGAACCUUCGAGCAACUCGCCAACGACGGCCAUAGUGACAGCCAGGUGUGGAUCGGAAUGAGUUACGAUUACGGCGAUGGAGUAUCUCGGGACUUGGUGAGGGCGUUUGAGUGGUACAGCAAGUCGACCAAACAAGACAACUCAUAUGGACAGUGGAGGGUUGGUCGAUGCUACUACUAUGGGCGCGGGGUUGCCAAGGACAAAAGGAAGGCAUUCGAGUGGUUCAGCAAGUCGGCUGAACAGGGAAAUCGGUACGGACAGUGUUGGGUUGGUUGGUGUCGCAAUGAAGGUGACGGCGUUCCCAAGGACAUUGAUUCUGCCAUCUUUUGGUGGCAACAGUCCGCCGACCAGGGAAACAGAGAUGCCAUCACCACCCUCAAGUAUCUCGGCAAGUGGCCCUGAUUAUCGAUUGUCAUUCCCAACUGCCAUAUCAUCAUCACCGAGCCUAUGGCCAGAGCAGCCGAGCAAACUGCACCAACACCCACCCCAGACAGCGCGAUACCAAAGAGUGAGCUCGCAAAGUGAUUCCGAUGUUGUGGCAAUGGCCGAGUGAUGUUGUAUUUGGCAACCAAUACACC